ACAACCAUCCUCUACAAGUAGCUACUACACCUACUUUACAAGGGAUAAAACAGGCUGACGAAAGAGCUGGACCGUGGGAUCAAGACACGUCCCUGUGGGUAACUAGCACUGUGACCUUGAGCUGGUCGCUUGCCCCGCGCGGAAGUUGAUCCCUGAAGUGUCUCCCCGUUACAACACUGGGCCUAGGUCAAGGUUACAAGUGUUCAGCCGCGGCUGGAUCUGGGUCUGGAAACUUGAAGGCGUUCUCUACCGCAGUCUAAGUUGCCAGAGGAAGGCAGGGAGAGGUCCAAACUGGGUCUCAUGCCUCAGUGCGCCGGGCAGAAGUGAGCUACGGCGUCCGGGAAGGGUCUCUUCCUCCCCAGAUGGCUUCCCUAUUUGAGCCAAUCACCGCUUGAGCCCGCCCCCCGUCACCGGAAGGAGGCGUUACCGGAGCAACUCUUAACGACCUGCUCAGUUUGGCGGCGGGAAAGGCCAUGAGUAAAGGGCGAGCAGAAGCUGCGGCUGGAGCCGCCGGGAUCCUCCUGAGGUACCUCCAGGAGCAGAACAGGCCCUACAGCGCCCAGGACGUGUUUGGGAACCUGCAGAGGGAACACGGACUGGGCAAGGCGGCGGUGGUGAAGGCGCUGGAGCAGCUGGCCCAACAAGGCAAGAUCAAAGAGAAGACCUAUGGCAAGCAGAAGAUCUAUUUUGCGGAUCAGGUGAGGAGAAUCCUGCGCAGAUUAUCACCCAUUGAUCCAAACUUCGGGGAUGUGGUUUCAGAGCUGAAGGAGUUAAGUAGUGCCCUGACCACACCGGAGAUGCAGAAAGAGAUUGAAGAGUUAAAGAAGGAGUGUGCUGCAUACACAGAAAGACUGAAGAACAUCAAAGCAGCUACCAACCAUGUGACUCCAGAAGAGAAAGAGCAGGUAUACAGAGAGAGGCAGAAGUACCAUAAGGAAUGGAGGAAGCGGAAGAGGAUGGCAACAGAGCUGUCUGAUGCAAUCCUUGAAGGGUACCCCAAGAGCAAGAAGCAAUUCUUCGAGGAAGUUGGGAUAGAGACAGAUGAAGAUUACAACGUCAAGCUCCCAGACCCCUGAGGCCCUCUGUUAGAACUGGGGGCUGGAAACACAGAUGUCCUAGACUGGC